AUGGCUUUCAUCUCUGACCGAUGCCCAGCAAUAGCCAAGGCUCUUACGAAUGUUUUCCCUUUAGCUGAUAGGGGCAUACGCUUAUAUCACCUUGGACAAAACAUGACAGGUUUCAAAAAGCCAAUAGUAGAUUUGGCGAAAAAGGCUGCACGAGUAUAUCCACAGGUGGAAUUUGACGAAAUUUUUGAAGUCAUUCGACGUCAAGACAGCAAACUACAUCACUAUUUAGAAACUGCAGAUAUUAGAAUGUGGGCUCGUUCACAUUUUCCAGGAGACAUAUAUGAUAUCAUGACAAGCAAUUUCUGCGAAUGCAUUAAUGGCGUGCUUAAGGAGGAAAGAGCGUUUCCUAUUGCAUAUUUUGUGGAUUCUAUUAGAAAGAUGCUUUCAAGAUGGUUUGCAGAAAGGCGAGAGCAAGCUGCCUCAAUGAAAACAAACCUCACAGAAGCAGCUGAACUCACACUGCAUAUGAGACACGCCAACAUUGGUAUAUUAACUGUUGAACAUAUUGAUUCAAACCGUAGCUAUGUUACUCGUGGAGAUCUGCUCUGUUUGGUUGAUCUAGAAAAGAGGAGUUGUACUUGUAAGCAAUAUGAUCUCGAUAAGAUACCCUGUGAGCACGCAAUUAAAGUGGCUAAAUCUCAGAAAAUUGUUGAAGCUAUCCUAGUGGAUCCUGCUUACAUAAAGGGCUACUUGGUUGAAGCGUACACAGAACCUAUUAACCCUACAGAUGAAGAUUUGAUCCCACCAGUCGAUGUACUUACUCAAGUGUGUCUGCCACCCAAAAUUGGCAAACAGCGUGGUAGACCGAAGAUGAAGAGAUACUUAUCUGCAAUUGAAAAAGCCAAGCGGUUCAAGCGUAAACUAUUUAAAAAGAAGAACGAAACAAUGAGUACGAGCAAUCCACCUCCAGCGACACCGGAAGGGUGUACUGAAUGGAAACGCCAAAGCGGAUCACCUGCCAAUAACAUCCACACUAGCUGA